CUCUAAAUAUUGGGCGGGAUUGGAAUUGCUUGAAUUCGCAAAACUGACGACGGAGAUGACAUCUCCAACAGUGCCGGCCUUUUUUGUGGCUGAGAAACGACGAUGUGUAAGCUUAAUCCGUGGGGGAGAUGAAGAUGCAGUUAUCGUGAUUGCUGGUAGCUGGGAGUGCUGUGAAAAUGGUAUAUGGGAUUUUCUCAUUGCAAAGGAGUGCUAUGCCCGAAGCAUAUCAAUGAGCAUGACAAUGAGUUAUGACGAGCUGAUAGCGAAAGUUACUGCGGAGUUUGAUCUGUCCGAGAUGAGCCUGAUGCCAAAGCUGAGUUAUUGGCUUCCAAGCCAACUGUCAAUGUUUCCAGUUAACCGCAGACCUCCUGUAAUAAUUUCAAGUGAAAUGGGAAUCCGGAAUUUCCUUAAUGUCCGAAGAACUGCAGUUCAUCUUAAUUUGCUCCUGUCUCUGCAAGAGGCUUCGGAAGCAAGUUGUAGUACACGCAUGAGAAGAGUUUGUGUUGCAGCAGAGGAUGAACAGGAUCCUAUCCAUGGAGAUGGGAUCAGGAUGUAUAGUGUCGAGACUGCCACAACUGAGAACAGAAACGAAAAUUCCGGCAGUCAGGUAAGGCGUAGGCUCUUUGGAGAAGGCCUUGAUAAAGGGAAAGGGGUGAUGAUCGAUGAAGGUGGUUGUAGUAGCCGGGGGAUGCCUGAGUUAUGUGUUGAUGCUGGCCCUAGUUGUGUAAGGGAAAGUGUUGCUGGUUUGGGAAGGAGUAUUGAGGAGAUACCGGGUAGUACUGUCCCUGGUAUAAUAAGUCUUUCAAAUGCAUCAACACCUUCUUUAUCAAAUUAUCUGAGUGAGACCAAUACUGAGGAUGAACUAAUGUUGCGAGAGUUUGAAGCAUUGGAGAAGCGUCAGGCAGAUUUGGCUAAAGAGAAAGGUCAAACCAGUGCAAGGGAAAGGGGGAAGUCUCAAUGUGAUGGAGAGUCUGACGCCUAUUUCACGGAUGGGGUUGAAAGUUCAGAUGAUUGUGCGGUUCCUGUUAUGGAGGAAGGAGGCCCUUCUGCUGUUGAAGAACCUCAAGAUGCUGUAAUACGUAAUGAGUGGAUGGAGGAACCAAGGCAUUCCAGAGAAAGAGAUGUUGGUGAUGAGGUCCUCGCUUACUUGAAUAGAUCUCUUGAUAAACCUCUGAGUCUGCAAGACACUGAUGAUAUGGGUGAUGAGGUGGGGACAAUGCCACCAACUGAUGCAGGACCUUCUGCUGUUGAAGAACCUCAAGAUGCUGUAAUAAGUAAUGCCUGGAUGGAGGAACCAAGGCAUUCCAGAGAAAGACAUGUUCGUGAUGAUGUCCUUGCUUACUUGAAUAGAUCUCUUGAUAAACCUCUGAGUCUUGAAGACACUGAUGAUAUGGGUGAUGAGGUGGGGACAAUGCCACCAACUGAUGCAGAACCUAUGUUUGAUGAUGUCAUUGACUUGACCAACACAGAUGUGUGUGCUCCUGUUUCAGCUGAAGAUGAUGCUAUCUAUAUUGGACGUGUUUUCAAAGAUAAAGUUGAUAUGCAGAACACCUUAGCCGUUUAUGCAAUCAAGAGAAUGUUUCAUUUCAGGCAGACAAGGUCUGAUCCAAGAAGGCUAAUCUUUGUGUGCGUUGACCCCAGAUGUAGGUGGAGAGUGUUUGGGCAUCGUGUCUCAGACAACUCUACAAAUUUCCAGGUCCGAACAAUGACUUUAACCCACAGUUGCACAAUUGCUGCAAGGUCACAAUAUGGAAAGCAAGCUUCAGCUAAGGUUAUUGGUUCUGUAUUGGAGAAGAAGUUUGCAAACGGAUUAAGGGGGCCAAGAGCUGCAGACAUUCCUGACAUUGUACUUGAAGAGCUGAAAGUAUCUGUGACUUACAUGAAGGCGUGGCAUGCGAAAGAAGCAGCAGUUAGGAAGAGCAGAGGCAGUGACGAAGAGAGUUACAAACUGCUUGCUGGUUAUAUGUAUUUGCUAAGGGAAGUGCACAUAGAGAGGAAUGUUAAGCACUUUUCUGGGAAAGGACUUGCAUGCCUAGUUGGAAAAGCUGCAAGGGCUUUCAAUGUUGGAGAGUUCAAAGAACACUAUGUAGAAAUUUGUAGCAGAAGCAAGAAGUGUGGAGAAUACUUGGAUGCCAUUCCCCUUGAGCACUGGACGCAAGCUUACUGUAACGCGAAGCGGUAUAAUAUGAUGAGCAAUAACAUUGCUGAAGCGCUUAAUAGUGCAUUGGCGAAGAUUGUUGAACUUCCUAUUGUAAGUAUGGUAGAGUCGAUCAGAACAAAACUGAUGCAAUGGUUUUGUUUUAGAAGAGCAAAGGCAAAGCGUUUGCUUUCACUUCCGGAACCUAUAACACCAAAUGUGAACAAGUUAAUGAUGCGCUACCAUACAGCAUCAGCAGGUUUGAAUGUGAAAGGCGUUUCAGAUUGGAGUUACCAAGUGAGUACACCUGAGGGGAAGUCAUACUAUGUGGAUCUUCAGAAGAAGACAUGCUCCUGUCAGCAGUUUCAGAAGUUGCUGAUCCCUUGUCCUCAUGCACUGGCUGCGGCAAGGAUAAACGGUGUACACAUCCCAACACUGGUUGGAGAUGUUUACAAGCUGACAGUCUUCCAUGCUGCAUAUGAGCAGUUCAUAUUCCCUGUACCAAAUCAGGGUGAUGCAGAAGUCCCUGAAGUUGUGGAACAGGAGCAAUUCAAUCCGCCAAGGAAUCCUCCUGGUCCAGGAAGGAGAAAGAAACGUAGGAUUCCCUCAGCUGGAGAACAUGUGGGAGGAAAGCGGAGAAAGGGUGGUCCUCAUAAGUGUUCAAUAUGCUAUGAAACAGGACAUAACAGGGCCACUUGCUCUAAUCCUGCUGGGAGAGAACAGUUUUUUGUGCACCAAAUGCAGGGCAGUGGAGGUUUUUUGGUAACUACUGUAAAGCAGCAGGCAGAGCCGGUAUUGACUAGAGGCUGGGGUGAAAUCUGUUGCGACUUGUAGAACAAGUCUUUUGUGGAACUGGUGCAAGAACUUUUUGGCCAGUGGAGUAAGCAUGCUUUUGGAUUUCAGCUUCAAGUCGUAGAAGGUGAAGGCGGAGACAUGAGGGGUUUUGUUUUGUGAACAUGUACUAGGCAAGGUAAUUGAUUGAUAUGUAUUGCCUGUAUGGUUGUGUUUGCCUGAAGGAUGUAAGUUUCUAUUAGAGACUGCAAAUAAGUUGCAAAUAUGUAU